AUGGUGCAGAAUUUGGAUGGUUAUGGAGGAGAAGGCUCGCGACCUUGGUGUUUGGAAGGUGAUGGGGUGGUGUUUGAUGGUGCUCUUAGAGAUAUUAGGCCAACUCUAGAGAAAGUUAUGCAGAAGCUGAAGACUUCCGUUAAAAAAAACAACUGCAAUCCUGAGUGGAAUGAAGAAAGGACUCUUUCUAUAAAGGACGUUACAACCCCGAUACGUUUGUCAGUUUAUGACAAAGACACAUUCUCAGGGGAUGACAAAAUGGGAGAUGCAGACAUAGACUUAAUACCAUAUGUUCAAUCUGUGAGAAUGGGAUGGACUAACCUUCCAAAUGGUACUGUAGUGAGGAUCAUUCAACCAGAUGAAACUAAUUGCCUUGCCAAAGAAAGCAACUGCGUCUGGCAAAAUGAAAACAUCGUCCAAGAAAUGGUUUUGAAAUUGAGAAAUGUUGAGAGUGGGGAAAUUGUUGUCCAAAUAGAGUGGGUUGAUGUUAUUGGUUGCAAGGGCUUAUCACAUCUCGAUCUUUAA